ACUACUCACCGCUCUGAGCUCUACAAACAAAACUGUGCAGCUUUCCAUCAGUAAAGACAGCGACAGCGCUUCAGCAUGGUGGCAGGAGGAAAACAGAUUCUGGGAAUGGCUCUGGCCAUCGUCGGCUUUCUGGGGGCCAUCGUCAUUUGCGGUCUCCCCACCUGGAAAGUCACCGCCUUCAUUGGCGCCAACAUCGUCACCUCUCAGAUAAUUUGGGAGGGUUUGUGGAUGAACUGCGUGACUGAGAGCACAGGCCAGAUGCAGUGCAAAGUCUACGACUCCCUGCUGGCCUUACCUCAAGACCUACAAGCUGCCAGAGCUCUGGUCAUCAUCGCCGUCAUCGUUGCGAUCUUUGGGAUCUUGCUGGGCGUGGUGGGUGGCAAAUGCACCAACUUUAUAUCGGAUGAAGUUCAAAAGAUCAAAGUGGCCAUCGCUGCCGGAGUCACCUUCAUCAUCGCAGGCGUUUUGGUGCUCAUCCCAGUCUGCUGGACUGCCCACACCAUCAUUCAGGAUUUCUACAACCCAACCUUGAUCAGCGCCCAGAAGAGGGAACUGGGAGCCUCCCUCUACAUUGGCUGGGGUUCUGCUGGACUGCUGAUAUUGGGGGGAGCCCUCCUCUGCAGCUCCUGCCCCCCGAGCGAGGAAAAGUAUAACUACGAUGUUCGGUACUCCAAGGCUCAGUCUGCGAUGAGCAGCAAGGAAUACGUUUAGAUCUUCAAAUAGGAUGAAUGUUGUUUGAAAGUUCGACCUUUUGUUUGACUGUUGGAGAAGAGUCAAGUUCCUGAAUGAAAUAAAUUAAAUAUCUGUUUUAACCUU